UUCGGAGAAACCCCUACUUUAGUCGCCCACCCAGCGUCUAAGCGGGUCGCCUUGGGCUGGGGACGCACCCCAGGGAGUGGAGAGGUCCUGGCAGCUGGGUCGCCGCGGGCACCUAGCUGCUCCCGGUGAGCCCCGACCGCAGCCGUCGCCGCCUCGGGCAGACUUUGCGCUCCUGCUUUGCGCCGGGGGCGCCGGAGCCUGGUCGGCAAUGCCCGCGGCGUGAAAGCGCCCGCGGCGGGCGCCGACCUCUGCCCCGUCUCCCUCCUCCUUCCCCUCAGCCCCUUGCCCUUGUGACCCCGGCUUUGGCGCCGCCGCCCAGGCGCCCCGCGAUGUAGCUGCCCCUGCACCUCGGCGGGAGGCGUCCUGGCCCUCGGGCUCCCGGCCUGGGGGCGCAGCCGAGCUCGGGCGGGGCCGGGGCCGCGGUGGCGAUGCACCGGGCCCGUUAGCGCCGGGAGCGCCGGGCAGCUGAGGCGGGGGGCAAGCCCUCCCGCGGAGGAGCCGCGCCCCCGGCCCCGCCGGUCCCGCCGCGAUGCUGUUCCACAGUUUGUCGGGCCCCGAGGUGCACGGGGUCAUCGACGAGAUGGACCGCAGGGCCAAGAGCGAGGCUCCCGCCAUCAGCUCCGCCAUCGACCGCGGCGACACGGAGACGACCAUGCCGUCCAUCAGCAGUGACCGAGCUGCGCUGUGUGCCGGCUGUGGGGGCAAGAUCUCCGACCGCUACUACCUGCUGGCGGUGGACAAACAGUGGCACAUGCGCUGCCUCAAGUGCUGUGAGUGCAAGCUCAACCUGGAGUCAGAGCUCACCUGCUUCAGCAAGGAUGGAAGCAUCUACUGCAAGGAAGACUACUACAGGCGGUUCUCAGUGCAGCGCUGCGCCCGCUGCCACCUGGGCAUCUCGGCCUCGGAGAUGGUGAUGCGGGCUCGGGACUUGGUUUAUCACCUCAACUGCUUCACGUGCACCACGUGCAACAAGAUGCUGACCACGGGUGACCACUUCGGCAUGAAGGACAGCCUGGUCUACUGCCGCUUGCACUUCGAGGCGCUGCUGCAGGGCGAGUACCCCGCGCACUUCAACCACGCUGACGUGGCGGCUGCGGCAGCUGCGGCCGCUGCGGCCAAGAGCGCGGGGCUGGGUGCCGCCGGGGCCAACCCGCUGGGUCUUCCCUACUACAACGGCGUGGGCACCGUGCAGAAGGGGCGGCCGAGAAAGCGCAAGAGCCCAGGCCCCGGGGCGGAUCUGGCGGCCUACAACGCCGCGCUAAGCUGCAACGAGAACGACGCAGAGCACCUGGACCGGGACCAGCCCUACCCAAGCAGCCAGAAGACAAAGCGCAUGCGCACCUCCUUCAAGCACCACCAGCUUCGGACCAUGAAGUCUUACUUUGCCAUUAACCACAACCCCGACGCCAAGGACUUGAAGCAGCUCGCCCAAAAGACUGGCCUCACCAAGCGGGUCCUCCAGGUCUGGUUUCAGAACGCCAGGGCCAAGUUCAGGCGCAACCUCUUACGGCAGGAAAACACGGGCGUGGACAAGUCCACCGAGGCGGCGCUGCAGACGGGGACGCCGUCAGGGCCAGCCUCGGAGCUCUCCAACGCCUCGCUCAGCCCCUCCAGCACGCCCACCACCCUCACAGACUUGACGAGCCCCACCCUGCCAACUGUGACGUCCGUCUUAACUUCUGUGCCUGGCAACCUGGAGGGCCACGAGCCUCACAGCCCCUCACAAACGACUCUUACCAACCUUUUCUAAUGACUCGCGCCCCAUCCCCCCCCCUCCCCACCUU